CUCACGUGCAAUGUGACACAUAUUGUCACAAUAAGUCACAAGCGCUGUGUCCUCACUUCGUCACGCCGACGGUUUCUCCUCCCCGAGUGACUUCGCAGUCAUGGAGAUGUCCAUGGAUAUGUCCUCCUCAAUGACAGCGACCAUGGCCUCCACUAUGGUCAUGUCAAGCUCUACAGCAAGCUCUGCAGCUGCCUCGGUGACAUCAUCCAGCAUGUCGAGCAUGGACAUGUCAUCUAUGGGCGAUAUGGUCGCCUACCUGCACUUCACGCGUGGAGACUACCUCGUAUUCAAGGAAUGGAGGCCCUCUUCGCGUGGUGCUAUAGCUGGCGCAUGCAUUGCUUUAGUGGCUUUCUCUAUCUUCGAACGUUGGGUAGCAGCCAUGCGCUCCCUGCUCAUAGCGCAUUGGCGGAGGAGGGCACUGGCCAUUGCAGCGUCGCGGGCUACUGCUUCCGAAUCCAAAUCCUCAGCCCCCACGAAGGAGAAAGCAGCGACGGACGUGGAGGAGGUCAAUGGCGUUAAUAGUCUGAGCAAGUACCCAACUGCAUUCGCUAUCCGGCGCGCCCCGCGCACCGUCGAACCCUUCCUCGUGUCUCACGAUCUCCCCCGCGGCUUCCUGUAUGCGUUCCACGCCAUGGUUGCCUACGUGCUGAUGCUAGCAGUCAUGACGUUCCAGGCGGCGUAUAUCAUCUCCAUACUGAUAGGGCUGGGUAUCGGAGAGGUCGUGUUUGGCAGGAUGGGAUCAGGAGACGCCCACUUGUUGCAUUAACAACAGCCACAGAAGUUGUCCUUUACUCGCUCGUUUUCUGCAGUCUUGUGGUCUUGUGUCUAUCCUUGCUACACAUGCCUUCUUCGCAGGAUGAAUUGCUUAAUCUGUAGGAUGGACUAGAUGGAUGUAUUCCGAAUGGACUCGGCAGCAACACGUGCCGUACGCUGGCUGACACGCCAAGCUGCGGGUUUCAUAGG